AUGCUGACCACUGACGACUUCUACGACAUACUUUCUACCAAUGAACGACUUUUGGAGGAGAAUCGCCGCGUGCUGCGGCUUGCAACCGAAGCGCCGCGGAACGUGGAGCUACAAGAACGGUACCUGCAGCAAGCGGCAAAACUGGGCCUCAUUCCAGCCCGUUUUUCAUCACCAGCCCGACCGUCACCCUCCAAGCCUGCGCCGAAGCCCCUACCUGGCCGCACUUCCGUCCCGGCCAGCACUGGGCACUGCAGAGGCCGUACCAGCCACGACCGAGUGAUCCGCGAGCUCGUCCGUGCCGGUUCGACGCAAUGCAACCCAGCCGCUGCCGCCCUGGCCGUUACCGAGGCCCUAUAUCAUAGAGCCUCACGGGACCGUCCCCAGAGCGGAGGCAGGGCCUCCGGAAGUUCCGAUUCGGAAAGCUCAAAGGACUCCCUGACAGAAUCCCAAUCAAGCACCUCUUCGUACACGCUAACAGUUUGGCAAUCCGAUGCCCAAGGCAAGCGGAGCCGCAGCGUUGCUCCCGACAGUCGCAGCCGGAACCGCGUCCACAGCAACGGCGGCCUUUUCACCUCGUGGCUCCAGGACGCAGCUCCCACCUUGGGAGGCAGCGAUGGGGGAGUUGGGAGAGGUGGCAGAUCUCGCAGCCCUCGUCGGGAGCGCGGCAGCGCAUACACAGACCCGGGUGAUGGCGGUGGUGGCAGCCGGGGGGUUCGUUUGCUGCGAGAGCCCACCCCCUCUUUCCUGCGCAGGUGGAAAGUCGCCAGGAAAAGGAAGAACGCCAAGAAGCAAGUGGUGCGUUUCUUGCUGCGGACUUCCGACGAGCUUGGCGAGGUGGACGGAACACGCGCCGGGGAGGCCACCUCAAGUGGAGGCGGAGCUAAGGGCGCGGAAGGGGUGUUGCUGACCCGGAGCGGCGGCGGCGCCGGGCCUGGCGUUGUCAUCGCCUACCCGGGAAGCUCGGUGCUCUUCCCGCCGGCGGCGCUGCCGUACUCCCUGGCGGAGGCCCUAGAGGCGGUCCGUCAGCAGGCGGCGCAGCUGCAGCUCGGAGGGAACUGGCACCGGGAGCGCGAGUGGACCAAGGAGGAAGGGUCACCAGCUGGCGGCGGUGGUGGAGCCACGCUGAACUCCGGCGGUGUUGCUCCUGCCGUACAAUACACUACCAGCGGCAGCGUACCCGUCGUACAAUACACUGGGGCCGGCGGAAGCAUGGUGGUCGCCGCCGGCAGGGCCCCUGGUGGGGCGUCUGGUGCGCAGCUGCAGCCGGGUCCUCUGCACACGCGCGCGGCGGCACCGGGCCCUCUGGCGCAAAACACGCGACCUGCCUACGGCGGCCCUCCGGCAAAUUCCGCCGGCUCCUUGCCGUCGUACCCGUCCGUACCUCCCCUGGAGCGGCCCGGGAGCCCCGGGCCGGGCGGCUCUGAGGGCCCGUUGUCGCCUCUAGGUGCUAUGGGCGCCUCGCAAUGGGCUGCUGGCGUUCCACAUAGCUCAAGGAAGGACACCGGUGGCGGCGGCAUGGGCGGCGGCAUGGGCAGUGGAGGCGGAGGCGCAGCGCGGGCUGGUGUUGCGGGCGAUAGUACUGGCGGUGUGGUUUCGGAGGCCCAGCCGUUUAGGCGCCUGUGCGUACUUUCCUCGGAGGAUGUUGCCCAUGUCCCGGCGGGGAGUCCCGCGGGGUCGGCUUCCGAGUUGGUUUCGGAGGUUUCGGAGGCGGCUGAGGCGGCGGCUGCUGUUGCAGCGGGACCGGCGAUUGGCUCCUCGGCGGCCUCCGGAAACUUUGGCGACCUGCAGUUGCUCCGCGAGCAGCAGUCCGCCAUCUUCCGGGACGUGCAGGUGCUGAUGCAGCGGCUGGCGGAGCUACGGGGCCGCCUGGGUCCCUGA